CCUGAAAAUGCGCUCAGCCAUUCCCAUUCUAAUCGGCUGCUUGUAUGCACUUAGCGCUGUUGACGCCACACCAUUUUCAAAGGCAGGAAAUGCCGAAGUUCAGCAAGGUAAUGUCAAGGCUGCCGAACCUCAACAACUUUGGUCCGAAGACAAGGGUGAUGAUGACAAUGAUGAUGAGCACAAGGGUGAAAAAGGCGGCAAAAAUGGUCACAAUGGCGAUGAAUGUGCUACCCGUUCGGUUUCCAUCAUGAUUGGAUCUAGCACCUUUGCCAUUCCCUGUUUGGGAGGAGAUGCUGUCGUUGAUAUUAACGGCCUUAUUCCCGCUGCCCUUCCUUCGCUCUUCCCCUCUCCAUUACCUUCUUCUACUGUUGUUAGCUCCUCUGCUGCUUCAAGCUCUGUCUCAGAUAGCAUCACUUCCACCGCAGAAAGCUCCCUUAGCAGCUCUGAGAGUUCCAUCGUUGCUACCUCCACUGACGGUAGUAUCGCUGGUUAAGUCCCAGAUACAUACGCGUCAUUAUUUGUUCUUGCUUGAUUGCUUGUAACAGAUACUCAUGUUGAUUUUAUUCCCUAUAUUGCACUGCUGCAUUUUAAAUGAUGGUUACAUGACUUUAAUAAAUGAAUGCCUUGACCAUA